AUCAUAUGGUUUUUCUGCCAAUAGAUUAUUUGAUUUUGUUUAUUUAAUUAAAGAUUUUGGAGCAAACUGCUAAAAAAAUGUUUUGUGUAACAUGUCAAGUGCCAACUAAAAAAUACAAGUGUCCAACAUGUUUAGAAUCAUAUUGCUCGCUUAACUGCUACAAAAAACACAAAGAGGCUGACUGUGAAUCAAAGCAGUCCUUAAAUACUCCAACAUCAGAAGUCAGCCAUAUUCAGGAGCCUACUCUGCACGAGCCUUUUAGUACUAAAGAUACAGUUCCACGAAAAAAAUUGGAGAUGCUAAAAGACUGCGCAGCCCUUCACAGUUUGCUAUGGAAUCCCCAUUUACGCAAUUUACUAAAAGAAAUAGAUGUAACUCCUGAUGCGUGGAAAGCUAUGAAAGCUGCAAUGCAGGAACCACUCUUUUUAGAAUUUGCCGAUGAAUGUCUGAAAGUUGUUGAACCACAGGUUGCAGACGAUUGUAAUUGAAAUGUAAAUUCCAAAAUA